AUUUAUAUAUAUAUAUAUAUAUAAUUAUAGAACUCAGCAAGACAGACAAACAUAAUACACACUUGUUAUAUACACUCCUCUCCUUCCUAAUUUCUGCGGUCGUUUCUCUUCCUUUUUUUUUUCUCUCUCUCUCUCUCCCUCUCUCCAAGUGGUUGUGCCUUUACACACUCAUAGAAACGUAAACACACACUCACACACAUACACACACGCAUAUAUAUAUAUAUGUAAACACACUUUAAAAAAAUACAUAUACACACAAAUAUAAUAUAAAGUUGCACAUGCAUAUAAAAACACACAUAAAUGAAUAUAUAACAGACACAUGCACAUGUAUGUAUAUAUAUAAAGAUAUAUAAUUUAAAGUUACUUAUAUAUACAGCCACACACACAUAUAUUAAUUACAUUAUAUAAAUACCGGCAAAAUACAACGUUGCUUUCGAAAGCUUGGCUAUUUUUUCCCUCCUCCUGUUGAUAAUUUUACAUCAUACAAGUUAUGUCUUGGAAAUUAUUGCCUUUGUUCCUCUUGGGAAUACUAUUAGGGAUUCUUCGCACGAGUCUUGCCUGCAAUCAAAUGAGACUUUUUACAUGUAUGCAACCUGUUAAAAAAUUUGGAGAUAUGACACGUGGAUUGUCCGGAGUUUUUAAUCCGGAACAAAUAAAAAGCUUCUGUUCUGUGACGGUGAAUGCUCUACAUUGUGCCAAAAAUGAGUGGCCAAAUUGUCCAAACAAUGUCAAACUAUUAUGGCAAGCAAUGGAUUCAGGAUUAUCUUUCUUGUGUACUAAUAAGUUAGACGAAUUUUUGAGUUACUCAGACUGUUGGAAACAGACAAUAGUAAAUGAGACUGCCUAUGGUUGCCAGACGAUGCUACAAGAUGAAAUGAGAAUUUACCAAAGUGCUGCACAGUCAAUGGAUUCAUAUGAGCGCAAAAAUGAAGGCUGCAGUCGACAAACCUAACAGUUCAAAUACUGCAGCUACGAAGCCACAGCCUUCCACAUCUAGAUUGUUAAUGCUUUUCCUAGUAACUAUGGCAACAACGACAGCAUCAUCAGGUGCCACUGCACGAUGGUCGAGUGUCUAGCACGAACCUGGCAUUGGCAACACCACAACUGCCGUUAUUCCACAGAUAAACCAAUAUUAACAAGCAACAAAUUAUUACCAAAAUAGAAAUAAAUAAAUAAAUUUUGCCCGGCCCCCUUUUCUUAAAUAAAAAUACAGAAAACUAACCAAAAAUAAUUAAAAAAUACUAAUAAAGAGGAGAAAAAAA